GUUUCCAUCAAUUAUCAAUAUUUGCUAGAAAGUAAAAAAUUGAAUAAGAGUUGACAUGUUAGCCAGGUGGUUACAGCGCCAAUUGGAAUCAUUAAUUCAUUUGUCUUAAUAUAGAUGUGGUCUUAAUCUUUUUUGGGUGCAAUCAACUAGGAAGCAAGUUUCGACAGAGUGUGGUGAACGAUUUUAAGAGAUAUGGGAGCAUCCAAUGUAAGACGGAGCCCCUGUCAUCCCAAGCGCUGCAAUGGAACAGGGAGGGAUUAAUGCUACCCAUCUAAGGUACCCCCAGAACACGGAUACAGUCUGUGUAAAGGAUGUCGUUACUCAGGACGAUGAGAGAAUAUGGAUGGACAACCUCCUGGCUGUCAGCGAGGAGCCAGACGAAGGAUGGGAUUAUAUUGACCGGAUAAUAUGUAAUGAUUGGAACCUAGCAGUGCAUGGAUGGGAUGACACGCAGCCUUUUGUGAAGUAUGCCUGGGGAGAUGCUCCUGCAGCUCCUAAGAAGCGGGAAGUAGAGGAUCAUGGUGGAGGGAAAAGGCAUAGAGGGAGACGUCACCAUCAGCAGCCAGUUGUGGACGACUCCUGGAAGCGCUGUGUGGAACCGAGGACAUACAGGUAUGUGUAUGACCCCAAAGGAUUGCAUCACACAACACUCAAGUAUUACAGCGGAGCGACCCUUGAGAGAGCAGUCGAGGAGGAUGGUUUCUCUAAUCAUAUCAUGAAAUUACGGGAGUAUUUAGAGAAAACAUUAAAUCAUGCCAAGAAGGAGACGUCUAAAGGGAUCAAAGAACAUGCCAAGCUGGGACAGUAUGUUGCUAAAAAGACAUCCGUUGGAAGAGAUAGGAGGGAGCAGCGUUCAUCAGAAAAGAAAGUUGGUGGAAAGCUACGUGGACUUGGAGAUGGUUUGUAUUUUAUGACGGAUGAAUCAUCACCAGAGGAUGAGGAGGAUGCUAGGGUUACAUUCAAUACACUGAAAGGUGUAGAAGGCAAGGGCUUAGAUGAUAGUAUUCGAUCAAAGAUUGAGCGUCAACCAACUCCCAUCCUGCCUAUCAGGAAAGUGGAAAAGGUCAGCAAUGGGCAAAACGAUCAUGUCACAAACCAGAGAGAAAGCCCGCGGUUGAAACUCACUCAUGCUUUGAAUAUGGGAAGUGGUCCAACCAACAGCUAUGAGAAAUUCCCAACGCAUUCUGUUCAAGUAACUCCCCAUAACAUUCUUGACCUCACUCUCAAUCCUCUCAAGAAAGUGACACCUUAUCAAAGACAGGUUCACGAUGACAAUGAAAUUCUGUUCUAUGAUCGCAUUAUAGAGAAGAUACCAAGCAAACCAUCCAGUGCAAAAUCCGAGCCAGAUCACUCUCCAUCCUUUAAGGUCCUCCUAGAACGCUCGUCUGCACCACACAUGGGAAGCAGGGGAGAUAGAUCAAUGCUUGCAGAAGUGAACGGUAAAGCCAUGCCUCUGCCAACGUCCGUCAAAGAAUUCCCCCUCGCACAAGAGCUUGCUAAUGUUAGCAAACUGCUCAGAGAUCAAGACCAGAAGAACAAAAACAAAGGGAAGCAAGGAAAGCCUAAACAAUUCAAGCUUGGAGCAGGGUAUGUGAAUAGUGUUGGUGAAACAGGGGCUAAGUUGGGGGAUCCGUUGCAUCGUGGUGUGAUGGACAGAGAGACUGCAGGGGCCAUGGCCGCAGAACUGCUGCCUGGAGUCAGUGGACAUAAACUCAAUCUUCCAGCAUAUUCCCAAAGAAUUCUUUGAUUUCAAAUGAAAUGAGCCUUCCUUGUUAUUUCAACAUUAACUGAGAUGUUUAGUAAUGAAUGUAGUCCUACAUGUAUCGG